AUGGGCCGGGGCUUCAAUUCUGCCAGACUCAGGCGCCAAAAACGGCGCCUGCAACCUCGGGCCCAGAAGCUCCGGAGGCAGCCAGAGGUGAGUGGGCACCGGGGAGCCUUGCCCAGCUCAGGCCCAGGGUCAGCCCCUCCAGAAACCUCUCGACGGCUCCUCUGCCUCCUCUACUGUCCGAGGCUGCGUCUUGCCCCCUCUGCCCACUCCCCACCCAGCUCUGUCCUCUUUCUGGCUCUCAGGCCUGCCUCAGAACCCCUCGGACCCCGCUCAGGUCUCUGGCUGUCGCUCUGUGUCCCCUCCAGUCUCACUGUCCCCUCUGUCCCGGCCCCACAGCAGCUGCAGCAGGAGAACCAUGAACUGCGCCGGGGCCUGGCAGCCCGGGGAGCCGAGUGGGAGGCCAGGGCAGUGGAACUGGAGAGGGACGUGGAGGCCCUUAGGGCCCAGCUCGGAGAGCAGCGUUCUGAGCAGCAGGACAGCGGCCGGGAGCGGGCUCGGGCCCUCAGUGAACUCGGCGAACAGAACCUCCGGCUCAGCCAGCAGCUGGCCCAGGCCUCACAGACUGAGCAGGAGCUUCAGCGGGAACUGGACAGCCUUCAAGGGCAGUGCCAGGCUCAGGCCCUGGCUGGGGCAGAGCUGAGGACGCGGCUGGAGAGUCUGCAGGGGGAGAAUCAGAUGCUCCAGAGUCGCCGGCAGGACCUGGAGGCCCAGAUUCGAGGUUUGCGUGAGGAGCUGGAGAAGGGACGGGGAAGGCUGCAGGCCACCCAUGAGGAGCUGCUGCUGCUGCGGCGGGAGAGGCGGGAGCACGGUCUGGAGCUGGAACGCGCGCGCUCCGAGACUGAGGAGGCGCUGAGCGCGCUGCGAAGGCUGCAGCGGCGCGUCUCGGAGCUGGAGGAGGAGUCGCGCCUCCAGGACGCCGACCUCUCGGGAGCCUCGCUGCAGUUAGAGCUCGCCCACAGCCUAGACAGCGACCAGGACCAAAACCAGAACACGGACAGAAGCGGAGAUCCUCUGACCACUCUAUCCCCGGAGACCCAAGAAGUGUCCAGCCAGCAGCGUUCGCCCCAGGAGAGGUUGGAGCCUCCCAGGAAGGGAGCAUCCCUGAGCCCAGAGGAGAUACUGGGAGAAGAGGAGGAGGAUGUGGUCCGGUUACAGGUUGAGAUGGCGCUGCAGCAGGCAGAGCUACAGUCCCUGCGGGAGGAACUGCAAAGGCAGAAGGAACUGCGGGUGCAGGACCCCGAGGAGGCCUUAAGCAGCGCCCUCUCGGACCGAGACGAGGCCGUGAAAAAGGUCCUGGAAUUGUCCCUGGAGCUCAGCCGCGUUUCUCUGGAGCGGGACUCCCUCUCCCGGGAGCUGCUUCGCACCAUCCACCAGAAGGUGGCGCUGACGCAAGAGCUGGAGGCUUGGCAGGACGACAUGCAGGUGGUCAUCGGUCAGCAGCUGCGCUCGCAACGCCAACAAGAGCUGAGUGCGGCCGCCUCCGCCCCGCGCCCCGCCCCAACGCGCUUCUCCCUGCGCCUGAGCCCCGGGCCCGCCGGCAGCUUCUUCAGCACCCUCUUCCGAAGGACCUGAGCACCUGGAAGAGGCAGGACUGGCUUUGCCCUCUUGACUCACUUUCCUCUUCUGGCCAAUGGAGCGAUGGGUCCCGAUUGUCUGCCAAAGGCGGCUGGUGCCCUUCCCCUCCCUUGGAGGCUGGGCAAGGGCUCACUGGGAGCAGGGGCCAGCUUUGGGGGCCAGAGACCCCAGAUGGGUGGCAGGGGCAUGUGUGGCAGAGCUGUUUAUCAAAUUUAUAUAAAUCUAUCUUUUCUAGGCA